AUGCCAAGUCGUGGAGCCAACAACUUUCGAGGUCGUGGAAGAGGCGGAGGAUCGAAUACUCGAUUUCAGGGUAAACGAUCAUCGUUCAGAGGUCGCGGCGGUCGAGGACGAGGUGGAUCUUCCAAUGUAGCGUACGGAAUCGAUCGUCCCGCUCCGGUUCGGGAAGAUGAUGGAAGUGCGCAAGCUGAAAAGUUUGAAGAGGUCAGGACAUGGGAUGAGAUUGACGGCAAGUUGGGUUUUGAGAGGUUUGAAAGUGGACGACAUGCUGGAGAGACUCGGCGAGGUUGGUUGGUCAACAUGCACCAGACCCUCAUCCAAUCCACUUCUCAUGCUACCGGAACGGCAGCUGUUGACUUUUACUUCAUCCAAGAGGACGGAGGGAUGUUCAAGGCGACGGUGCCGUGCGAGCCAUACUUCUACGUCACUUGCAGGGGGGGCUCAGAGACGAUAGUCGAGGAAUGGAUGAUGAAGCGGUACGAGGGUACAUUGAUCCGCGUCGAACGGGAAAAGAAAUGGGACUUGGAUCUACCUAAUCACCUCUUAUCAGCACCUCCCGUCUUCCUCAAAUUCUUCUUUCACAACACGCAGGAUCUACAAAUGGUCAAGAGAGAGAUUUUACCUCUGGCACUCGCUAAUUCGGCAAAGUUCACCGCUGUCGAUGCCUAUGCCGACGUGGUCGGGAUGUCAGGAGCCAACCUAGCUCCUACAACACAGUAUGAAGAGGACGAGAAUGGUGCAGGAAGCAGUAAAGCGUGGGGUCUCGAAGAAAGUGAGGGAAAGAAGAGAGAAAGGGAGCCUGGCGAAUGUAUAAUUGAUAUCAGAGAACACGAUAUCAAUUAUUAUCUCCGAGUCGCCAUUGAUCUAGACAUACGUGUGGGAUUGUGGUAUGAUGUAACUUCUCAAGCUGGUGCCAUCAAGUUGGAGCGGAUACCCUCCAUCGUCAAGCGUGCCGACCCAGUCGUCAUGGCAUACGACAUAGAGACAACCAAGCAGCCACUCAAAUUUCCAGAUCAACAGACGGAUCAGAUCAUGAUGAUUUCGUACAUGAUUGACGGACAGGGAUAUCUCAUCACGAAUAGGGAAAUCGUUAGCGAGGACAUUGAUGAUUUCGAGUAUACGCCACGAGACGAAUACCAGGGAGAGUUCACAGUGUUCAACGAGCCGGACGAGCCUGCUCUGAUUAGGAGAUGGUUUGAACACAUUCGAGAAACUCGACCAACCGUCAUCGCGACGUACAACGGGGACAGUUUCGAUUUCCCCUUCGUCGACGUUAGGGCCAAGAUCCAUGGUAUCAGUAUGUACGAUGAGAUCGGGUUCCGCCCGGACAAUGAGCAGGAGUACAAAAGUCGAUCAUGUAUGCACAUGGACUGCUUCAGAUGGGUCAAACGAGACUCGUACCUCCCUCAAGGAAGUCAAGGUCUCAAGGCAGUGACAACCGCGAAGCUUGGCUACGACCCCAUCGAACUGGAUCCCGAGCUCAUGACGCCGUACGCUAUCGAGCAACCGCAAUCUCUCGCCCAGUACUCCGUCUCCGAUGCCGUGGCAACAUACUACCUGUAUAUGAAAUACGUCCACCCAUUCAUCUUCUCCUUGUGCAAUAUCAUCCCUCUUAAUCCGGACGAAGUGUUGAGGAAAGGAUCCGGGACACUAUGCGAGACGCUGCUCAUGGUGGAGGCAUACCAGGCCCAUAUCAUCAUGCCCAAUCGACAUGAAGAUCCGCACGGUGUCACAUAUGAGGGUCAUUUAUUGGCAUCUGAGACGUACGUUGGUGGACACGUCGAGGCGCUGGAGGCCGGUGUCUUCCGGAGCGACAUACCGACACACUUCAAAAUUGAGCCAACGGCCAUCCAGCAGCUGAUUGACGAUCUUGACGCCGCACUGGUCUUCUCCAUCAAAGAAGAAGGCAAGAUUGAUCUCGAUCAAGUCGUCGACUAUGACGACGUGAAGAGCCAAAUCCAAUCUGCCCUAGAGCUCAUGCGGGACAAUCCCAACCGAUUUGACAAACCUCUCAUUUAUCACCUCGACGUCGCGGCCAUGUAUCCGAAUAUCAUGUUGUCGAAUCGACUUCAACCUGAUGCCGUCAAGGAUGAGGCGGCGUGCGCGGUAUGUGACUACAAUCGACCGGAUAAGAAGUGCGAUCGGCGCAUGGAAUGGGCAUGGCGUGGGGAGUACUUCCCAGCGAAACGCGACGAGGUCAACAUGGUGCGAUAUGCGUUAGAGCAAGAAAUGUUCCCUGGAAAGUGGCCGACAGAUCCCAAACGGAGGUUUGUCGAUCUUGGCGAAGUCGAACAGUCUGCGUUAAUACAUAAACGGCUGGGCGACUAUUCUCGCAAGGUCUACAAGAAGACCCAUGAUACCAAGAUUGUCAAUAAGACGGCAAUCAUCUGUCAGCGGGAAAAUUCAUUCUACAUCGACACUGUACGGGCCUUUCGAGAUCGACGGUACGAGUACAAAGGGCUUCACAAGACUUGGAAAAGAAAUCUCGACAAGGUCAACGAAGAAGGUGCGGCUGUACUGGCCGUGGACGAGGCAAAGAAGAUGAUUGUGCUGUAUGAUUCACUUCAGUUGGCACACAAGUGUAUUCUCAACUCAUUCUACGGCUACGUCAUGCGGAAGGGUGCCAGAUGGUACUCGAUGGAGAUGGCUGGAAUCACCUGUCUUACUGGAGCCAGCAUCAUUCAGAUGGCCCGACAAUUGGUGGAGCAGAUUGGUCGACCUCUCGAGCUGGACACGGAUGGUAUCUGGUGUAUGCUGCCUGGGGUAUUCCCCGAGAACUUCUCCUUCAAGCUCAAGAAUGGGAAAUCUUUUGGAAUUUCGUACCCCUGUACGAUGCUGAAUCAUUUGGUCCACGCUCAAUUCACCAAUGAUCAAUAUCAUUCGCUGGUAGACAAGGAGUCUGGCUUGUAUGACAUUCGAAGCGAAAACUCAAUCUUCUUCGAAUUGGAUGGCCCGUACCGCGCCAUGAUUCUGCCCUCAUCAAAGGAAGAGGACAAGCUCCUGAAGAAGCGUUAUGCAGUGUUCAACCCUGAUGGAACGCUAGCUGAGCUCAAGGGGUUCGAAGUCAAACGAAGAGGAGAAUUGCAACUCAUCAAGAUCUUCCAAUCCCAAAUCUUUGACAAAUUCUUGCUUGGCACAACGACAGAAGAGUGUUACGCCGAGGUGGCUGUAGUUGCCAAUCAAUGGCUUGACAUCUUGCAGUCCAAAGCGUCCAGUCUUCAUGACAAUGAGCUGGUCGAUCUCAUUGCUGAGAAUCGAAGCAUGUCCAAGACUUUGGCAGAGUAUGGAGGACAGAAAUCAACUUCCAUAAGCACGGCUCGACGCUUGGCUGAAUUCCUUGGAGAUCAAAUGGUCAAGGACAAGGGUCUCAGUUGUCGAUUUAUCAUCUCCGCCAAACCCAACGGAGCCCCUGUUACAGAGCGCGCUGUCCCGGUAGCCAUCUUCACCGCGGAACCGGCGAUCAAGAGACAUUUCCUGCGCAAGUGGCUCAAGGACAACUCGCUCACAGAUUUCGAUUUGCGGACUAUUCUCGAUUGGGAGUAUUAUACAGAACGACUUGGCUCUGUCAUUCAGAAGCUCAUCACCAUACCUGCCGCAUUGCAGAAAGUAGCCAACCCUGUGCCUCGCAUCAGACAUCCAGAUUGGCUAUUUAAACGCGUCGCUGCCAAAGAGGACAAAUUCCAACAGCACAAGCUCACGGACAUGUUUGCCAAGAUGCGGACCAUGUCAAAGGAUAUCGAAGACAUCGGGGAACCCUCUAGAUCCGAACUCAAAGUUGCGGUGGUCAAGAGAAAACAAAUUCGAGAGGCCGAGAAACCUCCUUCACCGGAAGUCGAUUACUCUGGCUAUAUUCGCGUAAUGCGAUCACAGUGGCAAAAGCAGCGUGUUGAACGCGCUCGCGCGAGGAAGAAUGGCCGAAGGCAGGAUGCCACUGUAUCGUCGAUGCUUCAGUCCAGAACCCAAAGUUUGGGAGGUCGACAGUGGGACAUCAUUCAGAUAGCUGCAACUCCCAGACCAGGAGAAUUCAAACUGUGGCUUGCGAUUGACGGGACGUUCCAGUCGGUCCGCCUGAGAAUCCCUCGAGAGUUUUAUCUCAAUUUCAAGGGACUACCUGGAGCCGACACCUUUUCACCUCGAUACGAAGCUACGUCUGUAGCUCGGACUUUGCCUCGAGGCCAGGCUGUCCGACAGCUCUUCCGCCUUAUUGUGGAUGAAGCUCUAUUUGUGGAAGGCGAAAGCCAUUUCUCAAGCCUCAUCAAUAAUCCGAAUGUGGACGGAGCAUUCGAACUCCAGGUCCCACUGAUCACUCGUGCUCUGCUCAAUCUUGGCUCAUCAUGUACUCUUCGGUCCAACGCUCUUGGCGCCAUGUCUCGUGGUCUUGACAAAGGCUUCGAUCUGGCCGAUCUAGAAAAGGCUGAAUCGAGUGUGCUGCGACACAAAUAUCUUGACGAGGGCAGAGGAAUCCGGUACCAUUUCCUCUUCCACGCCACUAUUAACUCUAGACAUCUAAUUGCGCUGUUCUCGCCGGAUGUUCCGGUGAAAGUGUACGUCGUGGACGGAGCGAGGAACCGUCAGCAAUUGCCAACUCCAGCAAGAUGGUAUAAUGAGCGAGUGGACAGAGCGGAGGUCGGCGUCUUCCAGUAUCCCUCAGAUCUUGAAUUCGACACCAACUACUACAACACAGAGACGGCAGCCAUGCGUCAAUUGACCAAAGACCUUCAGUCAGUCAAACACCGUCUUAAUGUCGUCGCCCUCUGUUCGCCGUUCGAUCAUUCAUACUACCAAGCUCGUGGACAGGUAUUCUCCGAAAUGCCAUUCAUCACGUACAGGCUCGGUAAAGAAGAAGAAGCUUCCUUGAUGUGGCUAGUCCAGAGUUCGAGACGGAUGGUCACGCAAUAUCUCAAGCUGUCAAAAUGGAUCUCAAAUCAAAUUGUCAUUGCUGCUCAUUAUGAUGUCCCUCUUGGAAACCUUGGCCCAGAUCCAGGAGUAUUCCUCGCCGAUAUUGAGUUUGCUCGUCGCCUCAAAGCUCAGGACAUGGUUCUUUGGUGGUCACCUUCCCCGCGACCAGAUCUUGGCGGAUCUGAAGAGGACGCAAACACCCCGGAAGAUCUGGUCGCCCCACACAUCUCCAGCAAAGGUUGCUUCUCCUCCGUUGUCCUCGAAAUGGAGAUUACCGACUUGGCCAUCAACGCAAUUCUUCAAUCUGCUCUCGUCAACGAGAUGGAAGGUAGUGGAACGGGGUCACUGGCCUUUGACUCUGCCUCACACAAUCUUGACGAGUAUGCGAAAGGUACGGCGAACAGCGCCGUCAUGCUCGGUGAUGCUUCCUUGUCAACUCAGACGUUUGGUGUGCUCAAGACAAUGGUCCGAUCUUGGUUCUUGGACAAGGCGAGGGCGCACGUCAAAGGCGUCGUUGAUUCGCCUGCCGAUUUGGUAGUGGAUCAAUUCUGGCGAUGGAUCAGCUCGACUUCCUCUUGCAUGUUUGAGCCUGCGCUCCACCGGUUCUUACACGGUCUGAUGCGAAAGACAUUCCUUCAGCUCUUGGCUGAGUUCAAGCGACUGGGCACCCAUGUGGUCUAUGCCGAUUUCAAUCGCAUCUUCUUGCUCACUACCAAACCAGAUGCUGGGGCUGCCUUCGCAUUUGCCAAGUACCUCGUUAUUGCUGCCAACUCGCAAGAGCUCUUCCGACACUUGGUCAUUGAUGUUACUCAAUUCUGGAAUUACUUGGCCUGGAUGGAUGUUGCGAAUUUUGGAGGUGUCAAAGUAUCUCCUGCCGCAGCGAGCAGCCUCGAACCACCUCGACAACGAUUUGAAAUAAGCAUGGACUGGAACAUUCAAUCAUUCCUGCCCGGUGCCCUUCAACCGAUAUUCGAGCGAAACGUCGCGUCCUUCAUCUAUGCCUUGUACACUGCCAAGAGGGGUUCAAGCGAUGGACGCACACCACUCCGAGUCAUUCAUUCUCUGAAUAUCGAUGAACCUGGUGAGAACUCGUCUAUUGAUCCUGCAAAGGAGAAGGAGCAGAAAGCUGGCUCGAAAUCCAUCUCCCAGAAUUUGACUCGUCGCCUUCUGGCCGAUGUUGCCAGUGCGAAGCGGAGACAAGUAGCGUCAGCGACGAAUGAGGACGAAGCUCUGGCUCUAGCCUUCCCUGAGCUUCCGGGAGCCCGGGGAGACAGGACGAAUCCGACUUUGGAACUCGUCAAAGCUAUCUGUGAAGUCUUGUCCUUGGAUACGGAACAUUCCAUCGAUGUCCAAAUCCUGCGUCGAAACUUGCUCGACUUGCUCGGCGUUCGAGAAUUCUCGACCGAGGCGGCUUUCAAAAACCCUUGCGAUACCAUCAGUGUCCCGAUGGUCAUCUGUUCCAGAUGUAAUGCUAUCAGGGAUGUGGAUCUAUGUCGUGAUCCCGAUAGACUGCCAAGCGUCGACCCGGUGUCUGGGGAGACCAUUCCACCAUCUAGAAAGAGUUGGGUCUGUCAUAAAUGCGACUCUGAAUACGAUCGAUUCCAGAUCGAACGGCCUUUGAUCGACAUGAUCUCGAGAAUGGUCACGUCGUUCCAGACUCAGGAUCUCGUUUGCCUCAAAUGCAAUCUAUCCAAGGAUGACAACCUUGCGCCAACUUGCCAAUGUGGCGGAUCAUUCAAGCCCUCAUUAAACAGAGGCGAAAUGAGAAACAAGUUGAGAAUGAUCAAGAGUGUGACAGACUAUCACGAGCUACACAUGGCUGGUGAUUACGUUGUUUCGACAUUGAGGAUGUGGUGA